AACCUAUAAACCCUCGUUGCUUUCGUUGGUAACGAUUGAGCUGCGCAGAAGCGGGUAGAGAGAGAAAGACAUGAUGGCUCAACAACAGUGCCAGAUCGACCUCGGCAAUCUCAUGGCCUUCGACCCCCAUCACAACUUCCCAUCUAUUCCCUCUUCCAGGGAGGAGCUAGUGAGAGAAUGCCUACAAGAGGGCACUAAGUUAGUUCAAGCAAUUGCAGACGCUGUUUUCAACCUACCUUCAACUGAAGAUCCAGGUGGCCCCAUUGUCAAGUUGCCUCCAUCAACAACAAGAUUGCCCAGAGAGAAGCCUCUGCCAAAGCGUAAACCUCCAACAAAAUGGGAAGUGUUCGCCAAAAAGAAAGGUAUACUAAACCGCAAAAAAGACAAGCUUGUGUUUGAUGAACAAACUGAUGCUUGGAAGCGCCGCCAUGGCUAUGAUCGUGUAAAUGAUGACAAAGAUAUACCCAUCAUCGAGGCGAAGAUGACUGAUGUGCCAGGAGAGGAUCCUUUUGCUAAGAGACGAUCCGAGAAGAAGCAGCGAGUUGAAAAACAAGAGAAGAAUCGAUUGCAGAAUUUGAAACAAGCUGAGAAAGUUGGUGCCUUGCCAAGCCACGUUCAACUUGCUGCCAGAGCCUUACCCAUAACAGGAACUCAAGCAGCACCUAGGAAAGUAAGUAAAGAAGAACUACAAAAUGUAGCUGGAAUGGCAGCAACUGCAACAGCUAGUGGUGGGAAAUUUGACAAGAAGUUACCAGGAGAAAAGCCACCAAAACAUGAAAAGAAGUUUCGCAAGUUUCUUCCAGUCGCGGAAGGGUCGGGAAUGGGCUCACUAGAGAAGCAGCAAACUGAUAAAAUUCUGAACAAGUUAAUCUCCAAGAAUUCCCAUGAGAUACUCAAUGUUGAGAAGGCUGUUAACAUGUAUAAUGUGAAGAAGGAGAAGAGAAGAAAGAAUCAACCAGGGAAGUCUUCAACCUCAAGCAAGUUGAAAACACAGAAGAAGCCUUAUAACAAAACAUCGAAGAAAGGAUCUUCAAAUAAAGGGAAGUCAAAAUAAAAUCCUGUCUUUCUAACUAUGUUGUAUCCUAAAGUUUUGUAUUAGGUACCAAGUUUAUCAAUUAAUUAGGAUGAUGAUAUUUCUACAUAUUUUUGUGGGCAUAAAGCUUAUUGUGAGCUUUAAUUUUAUGAGCCACUCUUUCUUGAUGUAGCGUGAAACAAUGUGAGAUCCAUUUGGAACAAAAUUCUGAUUUAUUUGCA